GCAUGCAACUGGUGUGAACCCAGAAGGCCAUUCUCAAGUUAAGGAGGUGGAUUACUCUAGAAAUUCGUGUCUCUAUGACAGGAUAUGCGAAAGAGAGUUUCUUCUGCGCAAGUCCAAGCACGGCGCCCCUAAAGGAAACAUGGUGGCUGCCGUGACGUGCUUAGCUGAGGAGCGGGUAGGCCAAGUGGUGCUGCCGGGCGACGCACUACUUCUCCCCGCGCAGCCGGAGGUGGACGGCGAGCGGCUCCGUCUGGCCACCAGCGGCCCUCAGAAAGGGCGGCUGGUUUGUGGGCCAGGACUGAGGCGCGGCGGGGACGGGCUUCUGGUCACCAAGUGUGGGCAGCUGCGCUAUCGGGCCCCCGGAGGGCAGGCAGGGAGCGGAAGUGGCUCCGGCGGAACCUACUGGGUGGACUCUCAGCAGAGGCGGUAUGUCCCAGUCAAGGGAGAUCAUGUGAUAGGCAUAAUGACUGCCAAAGCUGGGGACAUAUUCAAAGUGGAUGUUGGAGGAAGUGAGCAAGCUUCUCUUUCCUACUUGGCGUUUGAAGGUGCAACCAAAAGGAACCGGCCAAAUGUGCAGGUGGGAGACCUUAUUUAUGGCCAGCUCAUAGUGGCUAAUAAAGACAUGGAACCUGAGAUGGUCUGUAUAGACAGCAGUGGCCGAGCAAAUGGCAUGGGAAUAAUAGGACAAGAUGGCUUCUUAUUUAAGGUGUCGUUAGGACUAGUCAGAAAACUCCUGGCUCCAGGCUGUGAAAUCAUUCAGGAUUUGGGACAACUUUACCCAUUUGAGUUGGUGUUGGGAAUGAAUGGAAGAAUAUGGGUAAAAGCCAAAACAAUUCAACAAACUCUAAUUGUGGCAAAUGUCCUGGAAGCAUGUGAGCACAUGACUGCAGAACAAAGGAAACAAGCAGUUGCUAAACUGUUAGACAGCUGAUGAGAAGAAGAAAAAUGACUUUACAUUUUAUGUUCUAGAUAGAAAUCAUAGAUUACAAACACAAAUAAAAUUUUAUUUUUUAUAUUUAAGAUGAUAAAAUUUUAGUUCACUGAUUUUUUUCCUUUUAGGCCUUGUCAUGUGGCAGGUUGUGUUGGUUAACAUUCUGAGCAUCAAACUCCAUGUUUUGUAGUAGAAUUUUUCUAAAGACCUCUGUAAUGCUGACUUAAUCAAGUGCCUUUGCUUUUACUCUGAAACAAAGGGAAGUUUUGUUUCUCUCA